GACUUCCAAGCACACAAUAAUCGCAAACAAUAACACAGCACAAUCCCGAGUCUUGUUGCGUCGAUUUUGUCGCAAUAAAGGGGUAAUUAGCAUCAUCUUGUGGUGUCCACGAAUGCAGUGUGCCGAUGCCUGCCGAGGCAUGACGGGAAAACAAGCGUGGUGCGAGAAAUUCUGCUUGGUAGAAGCCCUCAAUGGGGGUAAUUGUCCGAGUUCUUGACACCGAUAUAUCGACCUGCAUCUGUUGUACUAUGUAAGCAUCACCCUUCAUUUUUGAUCGAAAUUUCGCUACAUCCCUGAGUGUUUUGGCUGGGAUUGUGCCCCUCACCCACAAGCACACUUUCCUUCUAGUUCUUGAGCUAGUUAAGCCGUCAGCUAAGAUGUUGGUUCAAUUCAUCUCUGAUCCCUGUAAAUAUUGACGGCAUAGAUCGAAUGGUACGAUAGUAUCAAACAUUCUGACGUCCGAGUGAAUUAACCACUCAAUAUGCAGAUUUUGAUAACUGUGAUACCGCAACGUUACGCUAGUAAGUCAAUCUGUUGGCCAAUACCAAGAUAAUGAGCUUUUGCUCGGCCGCAAGAUGUUAGCGGAAUUGACCCCGCUCCUCCAAUACAAGCCACUCAAAUUGACUAGGUCAAUAUAUUGAGUUGGAGGUCCGUUGAAGCAUCACAUGCUUAAAAUAUGGAGAAUGUUUGUUCGAGCGAGAAGUUCUAGAUGCUUUGCUCCAUACAACCCUCUUCCCCCGUGGCUACAAAAGCCAGAGGUUUUGGCAAGUUUAUCUGCGAACAGCAACAUAAUCAAUAUGGGUGACCAUAAUUCAGUUUCUAGCCAUGAAUCCUUCGUGUCAGUGUCCAAUCAUGAAUCCUUUAUAGGUUCUAUAGAUCAAGGUACCACAAGCACAAGAUUUUUAAUCUUCAACAAAGACGGCGAGCCGGUUGCAUCUCAUCAAGUCGAGUUCUCUCAGAUAUAUCCAGAAUCAGGGUGGCACGAACAUGAUCCUCUUGAAAUCAUCGACUCGAUAGAAGUUUGCAUUGAAUGUGCCGUAAACCAAUUCGAGCAACAAGGUCAUUCAGCGAGACAGAUCAAAGCCGUUGGACUUACAAAUCAGAGAGAGACGACAGUUGUCUGGGACCACGAAACAGGAGAACCUCUAGCAAAUGCUAUUGUCUGGACAGAUACCAGAAACCAGGCAUUAAUCAGAAAGUUAAAAGCUCGGCUUGGAUCUAAUCAACUGCAGGGUCUCUGCGGUCUUCCUCUGUCGACUUAUCCCUCUGUUGGUAAGCUUUUGUGGUUGAUUGAAAACAAUAGUAAAGUCGCAGACGCAUAUGCUCGAGGUCAGCUGGCGUUUGGCACCAUUGAUUCCUGGGUCAUUUACAGACUCAAUGGUGGACCAAAGAAGAAUGUGUUCGUUACAGAUCCCACGAAUGCAUCUCGUUCAAUGUUCAUGAAUUUGCAUACUCUAAAGUAUGAUGAGCAGCUUUUAGAUUUCUUCAGAUUUGAUAUGGAUAAACUUCAUCUUCCCAAGAUUGUCCGCUCGUCGGAUCGCGAAUCCUUCGGUGCUCUUACAACAGGAAUCUUGAAGGGGGUUCCUAUCACGGGUGUGUUAGGUGAUCAAAGUGCGGCGCUUGUCGGACAAAAAGGCUUCACGCCAGGUAGAGCGAAAAAUACCUAUGGGACAGGUUGCUUCCUUCUCUAUCAUGUUGGUGAUAAGCCUGUGAUUUCCACACACGGACUUUUGAGUACAGUUGCGUAUGACUUUGAUGGUAAACCACAAUAUGCUUUGGAAGGAAGUAUCGCGGUUGCCGGCUCCAGUAUCAAAUUUCUUCAGAAUAAUCUUGGCUUCAUUGACUCUUCGGCCAAAAUCAGUCAGUUAGCUGAGACUGUAGAAGAUAAUGGCGGUGUCACUUUUGUGACGGCAUUCAGUGGGCUAUUCGCACCAUACUGGUACGACGACGCUCGCGGCACCCUUUUCGGUAUUACAGCAUAUACACAAAAAGGUCAUAUCGCUCGCGCUACUUUGGAGGCAACUUGCUUCCAAACGAAAGCAAUAUUGAACGCAAUGGAAAAGGACAGUGGGAAGAAGCUCGCUGAACUCGCUGUCGAUGGAGGCAUGUGCAAUUCUGAUCUCUGCAUGCAAACUCAAGCCGAUCUUAUAUCGAUCCCGGUCGAACGUCCAAGAAUGCUCGAGACAACAGCAUUGGGUGCCGCCAUCGCUGCAGGUUUUGCCGUGGGAGUCUGGGAAACUUUUGACGAAUUAAAGAACAUCAAUACCGUAGGCAAAACUGAAUUUCAUCCUAAAAUUACUCCAGAAGAAAGUAAGGAGAAAUUUUCGCGAUGGACGAAAGCAGUCGAAAUGUGUAAGGGUUGGCUUUAGAGGGAAGUAGACAUAAGAAGUCUACAGAUUUUGGAUGCGUAUCUAAGUAGCUUAUUGUCUCUUUUUACAAAUUUCCACGAAUAAUAUCCUGCCACAAAUUUCA